AUGAGUAGUCCUAAGCGGAGAAUUGAGACGGAUGUUAUGAAGUUGAUGAGUGACUAUGAGGUAACCCUAGUCAAUGACAAUAGUGGGCAAGAGUUCUAUGUGCGGUUUAAGGGCCCUGAAGAGACACCUUUCGCGGGGGGGCAUUGGAAAAUCCACGUCGAACUGCCAGAUCAAUACCCUUAUAAGAGUCCAAGUAUUGGCUUUGUGAACAGAAUUUUCCACCCCAACAUCGAUGAAUUAUCAGGAUCUGUUUGCUUAGACGUCAUCAACCAAACAUGGUCUCCUAUGUACGACAUGAUCAACAUUUUUGAAGUCUUCUUGCCCCAAUUACUUCGAUAUCCUAACCCCUCGGACCCGCUUAAUGGCGAGGCUGCUGCAAUGCUUAUGCGAGAACCGAAGAGCUACGAGGCAAAAGUGAAGGAGUAUGUAGCUAAAUAUGCGAGCAAAGAUGCCGUAGAUGAUGCCGGCGAAGACACCGAGUCCGAAGACGAACUCAGUUCUGCCGGUAGCUAUGAAUCUGACGGGGAAGAGCCAGCGGGCACGAUGGACGAUGUCUAA